AAGUUAGCACCUUUCGCCCGCACUUCAAGUUGAUUAUUCAUCAAAUCAAACCAAUUUACACUUAUUCGUGUUCAUCGUUUUCGUGCGAUCUACGCAAUUUGUGCGAUCUCUACGGUCUGACCGUGUUUUUCUUCCCAAGUUCUUUCAAGGCUUAAGUACGACUCGCCAAGAUGACGAAGUUAAUACAACAGUUAAAUUUUAGUAGUAGUAUUAGUAGUAAUUACAACAAUUACUACGAUGUCGUUGGUUUGGAGCCACCCGCUGUCGAAAAGAAGAACUACUAUGGCGACAGCGCGUCGCUGAGCGCGGCCGGCAGCAAGCGCUCGGCUUUGUCGGCUUCCGACGCCGAGUGUUUCUCGCUGUGCCUGGGCGCAGGGCCUCUGUGGUGGUCCGAUGUUCCGGCUCACGGCCAAGCACCGCCCGGAGGGGUGAAUGGCGGGGCUGCGAGCCCCGCUACUCCAUCAACACCCACCCACGACGACAACAACCGUGACUUGUUGAGUGCCCUACUAUGGGCGAGCGCGAGUUCUCUGGCGAGCAGCGCGGAGAGCCUGGUGUCCGACGCCGCCGCCCCCGCGCACCCCGCGCUGCACCACCAGCGCAGGGAACAGGUGAUCGCUAAGAUCUUAGAGCGCAAGGACAAGCAGCCCGUGAAGGUGGACUUCAAGAUCUUCCUCACCGAGAACACCGUCACGCGCUGGGAAGCUGUGGUUCAGGGAGGCACUAUCUACCUGCGUAUGCCGGGAGUCCUGCAAUCCGGCAGCAAGGAGAGCUUCAUGCUGCUUCUGGACUUCGCCGAGGAGAGACUCGGCUGCAGCAACUGCAUCAUCUGCGUCCUGAAGAGCCGCCCGGACCGCGCCACCAUACUCCGCACUUUCAUGUUUAUGGGAUUCCAGCUCCUCCCCCCCAACUCCCCCCUUAUGCCGCAAGAAAUCACCAAUCCCGAGUACAUAUUCCUGCACUAUAAUAUGCAGUAAAACUCGAAACUUUUCCGAGUUUUUUCAAGUCGGAAAUGCCACUAUCAACUCUCGGAAAUACCACUAUAACUUUGAUAAACUUACUUAAAAGUUCCAAGGUUUGAAUUAUGUCCGACUUCGAGAAAAUUUCGAGUUUAUUAACACCAUGUAGCUUCGUUUAAUAUAGAAACAGUAUUUUCAAAGUUGCACUUUCUCUCAUAUUAUAAAUUAUCACAGGCUUCACUAGUAAGGCAUCAACAAGUCCUAGUAUUUAGUAUUAAGAGUUUUAUUGUAUGACGUAUUAAAGAGAAUUUCUUUUAUCGAUAGCGAAAAUUUCGAGUUAGUAACUCGAUAACGUAGAACUCGAAAAGUAGGCUAUUGUUCUGCUAAUCGGUUAUUUUUGCAAAAUCUAACAUCUUGCUUAAAUCUUUAGUGGUUAUCAAAAGAAAUUCAAUUUAAAUAUUAAUUGUAUUAUUUCUACGAUUUCAGCUUUGAAAAUAACGCUAAUUUUACAAUGUUUUUUUUUCUAUAAACUGAAAUAUUGUAGGAUCGUUUUCUUUAUUAAUUAAGUAAUUUCUUUAACAAUGUUAUUAUUACCUAUAUAUUAUUAUUAUUGUAAAACUUAUAAUGUAUUUGUCGUCGUGUUUAAAAUAAUUCACCCGCUCCGGGGUAGAGCAAAAAAAAUUAAAAAGAAAAAAUACAAAAAAAAUAAUGAUACUUAUAACGAAAAUAAAAGGAUUUUUAAAAAUAUUUCGGAUCUUUACACCUUUGGUUCAUAAGUCUCACGAAUUUUUUUGAGAUCUUUCACUAAGACCUUGUACUUACGUUUUAUUUUACUUAAAAGUUGUUUCAAGUAAAACUUUCCAUUCGAAAUAUUUUUUUCUAUCAUUUUUUUUACGUUUACGAGUUCGUGUGAGGGGCGAAAUUCGUAAAAGUAUCAUAUUUAGUACUAAGUAUAGUUAUAGCUACUAAGUGGUUUUAUGUUAAAAUUUUAGUAAGUAUUAAUAUUCUGAGUAAACUUCUAAAAGUUAUGGAAAUUAUUCUUUUUAUUAUAUAAUUUAUAAAACAUCUAAAAAAUACCACUAAAUAAGUGAGUUCUUAACAGGUUUGGUUACCUAACAAGCCCUAGUGUCAGAGUUUUCUCAAAUGACGGCUUCUAAAGUGGAAAAUACCACUAAUUUCCAUCAAAAAAAUAUAAGAAAGAGAAUAAUAUCUUUAUAACCAACUAUAGCAUUCAACGUGGUUUCCAAAUUCUUCAGUAUUUUCACGUCAUUCUCCCUACAUAACGGAUUUGUUUCUGGGCCGCGUUGGACGUAGAUAUAAUUAUAAGUCUUGUAUUAAUUGAUAAACAAUUAAAGUUAAUAAUAAUCAA